AUGGGGAAGCCGGGAUUCGCUAAAGCCAGAGGUAUGAAGAGACCCAACAGUUGGAAAGAGGCUAGCAAGAAAUCCAGAAAAAUAGCUAAUAGGAAAGAUAAAAAGGACAAAGUUAGACCUCCCCAAAGCGACUCAGAGGAUUGGUCCGAAGGAAACUCAGACGUGGCUUCCGAGGAUUAUCAAGUAGGCACUAAAGAAGAGGAAGAAGAAAUUGUUCUGACAAAAGAGCCCACUAUGUAUGAUAACUUAUUGAAGAAAUUGGGUUCCAAGAGUGAGGCCGUUGCCCAAGCUUUAAAGAGGAGGAAAAGAGACGAAGAAGGUAGAAGUGAUACAGAAGAUGAUAAUGAUGCAGAAGAUGAUAGUGAUGCAGAAGAUGACGGCUCUGACUUUGAGCUUCGGAAGGAAGAAGAGAAAGGCGAGGAUUCUCCCAGAAAAAACAGAGUGCAAAGUGGUUCAGAAGGAUCCACUUCACUAGAUUCUGACAAAAAUAGUGAAGAUUCUGUAUCGGAUGAUGAAGAUAUUAAUGAAUCUGACAUAGAAGAAGAUGAUUUGAGAAAAAUAGGAGAAUCCACUGCUGAAGCAUCAACGAGUGCAAGUAGCUUUAUUAGUCACUUGGAAUAUAAUUUAUCAAAAGCUGAGGUUGAGAAGCUAGCGAAGAAAAAGUGGAAUUUCAUAUGGGAGGUUCCUGCUUUUGGUGCACCUAAUUGCAAGUGGAGAGGAACUGGAAAGUGUGUUCUCGAGGGUAUUGAUGAAAUUUCAGGCUAUGACCUGAAGCCUAGAUUGUAUAAGCAUUUAUUAGACGUGUACAAGGGAUCUGGAGUUAGUGAUUUCCAUACAUCUAAGCAGAGAUAUUUUUUCUCCAUGUGCAACAGCUACUACGAUAUACUGCAUCACAACAAGAAACCAUUUUAUCUCAAAGGCCUUCAAGAGGACUCAAGUAUCAUGGAUGGUUAUCUCACACAUGCUUUAAACCAUAUUUUGAGAUCGAGAGAUCUAGUCACAAAGCAUAAUGCAAAACUAGUUAAUUCUGAUGGAAAGGCUGAUAUUCUCACUGGGGACGCUUUUCGUGACCAAGGUUUUACACGUCCCAAGGUCUUGAUUCUUUUGCCCCUUGCAAGCAUUGCAUUUAGGGUUGUGAAGAGGUUGAUCCAGUUGACCCCUCCAAAGCACAAGGUUAAGGUUGAACACUUCGAUCGCUUUACAGAGAACUUUGGCAAUGGAGGAGAAGAAGAUGGCGACGACAAGGAGGAUAUUGAAAAAUUAAAAGAAAAAAAGUCAUCCAAACCUUCUGAUUUUGAGGCAUUGUUUGGUGGGAAUAACGAUGAUUUCUUUAUGAUGGGCAUAAAAUAUAUGGGGUCAAAGAUGAAGUUAUAUGGCGACUUCUAUUCAUCGGAUAUAAUUGUUGCUUCUCCUCUCGGUUUAAUUACUAAAAUUGGGGACGCAGAAUUAGAGAAAGAAAAAGAUGUUGAUUAUCUUUCCUCAAUAGAGGUUAUGAUUAUUGAUCAUGCGGAUGUCAUACUAAUGCAGAAUUGGACUCAUGUAAAUACCAUAUUCGAGCAAUUGAACCAGUUACCAUCGAAGCAGCACGGGACUGAUAUUAUGCGCAUUAGACCAUGGUACCUAGAUGGACAAGCACAAUACUACAGACAAACUAUAGUUUUAAGUUCUCAUUUGAACCCAGACAUCAAUUCAGCUUUCAAUCGCUACUGUCUUAACUACCGUGGAAAGAUUAAGUUGGUGUGUUCAAGUAAAGGUGUUCUUCCAAAAGUAUUGCUCCAAGUGCGGCAGAUAUAUGAGCGUUUUGAUGCACCAACGAUUGCGGAGGCUGAUGAUGCUCGUUUUGAGUACUUCUGUAAGAAGGUGUUUCCAAAAAUAAAAGAUUCUGUUCAGGGGGGAAUUAUGCUCUUUAUUAGUUCUUAUUUUGAAUUUGUUCGGCUACGAAAUUUUUUAAAAUCUCAGGAAGCAUCCUUCUGUCUUCUUGGAGAGUACACAAAGCAGAGUGACAUUUCACGUGCUCGAGUCUGGUUUUUCCAAGGGAAACGGAAAAUCAUGCUCUACACUGAGAGAGCUCACUUUUACCACAGAUAUAAGAUACGUGGAACUCAGAAUUUGUUUGUCUAUUCUCUUCCUGAGCGCAAGGAAUUUUACCCUGAGAUUGUCAAUAUGCUGGAAGGAUCCCAAAACAUGUCUUGUACUGUGUUAUUUUCUCGUUUUGAUCUGUUACGGCUGGAAAGAAUUGUUGGUUCUUCGGCCGCGAAAAGGAUGACCACGUCGGAGAAGGGUUUGUUUGUUUUCUGUUAA